AUGACCUCCCCUCUUGUUGUCGACAUUCACACCCAUGUCUACCCUCCAUCCUAUAUGGAGCUGCUGCGCUCCCGCAAGACAGUCCCCUACAUCCACGACCCAGCCAACGGAACACCACGUCUGAUUAUUCUUUCCUCAGACGACGACCCGUCAGUCCCUCUCGAUGAGCGUGGUCGCCCAGUCGACUCGUCCUACUCCGAUGUCAACGUGAAGCUGUCAUUCAUGCGCCGUCAUGGCAUCAACAGUAGUGUGAUCUCCCUAGCCAAUCCAUGGUUAGAUUUCCUCGAGCCUGAAGAAGCCCAGGUGUGGGCAGAGCGCAUCAACGAUGAUCUAGAAGAGACAUGUGCGCGUGUCAACCAAGCAGCCGACAAAGAGAAUACCCUGGCUCUCAACGAAAAGGAAACACUGUUCGCAUUCGGUUCCCUGCCGCUCAGCGCGCCGAACCCCGACAUCGUGGUGAAUGAGAUCAAGAGACUCAAGACGUUACCACACCUCCGGGGUGUUAUCAUGGGUACCUCCGGGUUGGGAAAGGGCCUUGAUGACCCCGCGCUGGACCCUGUAUGGGCUGCUCUACAGGAGACUGAAUCGCUGAUGUUCCUGCACCCUCACUACGGUCUUCCCGACGAGGCCUUCGGCGGCGCAGAUGUGACGAAUCGCUACGGCCAUGUUCUCCCCCUCGCAUUGGGUUUCCCACUAGAGACUACCAUUGCGGUAACGCGGAUGUUCCUGUCGGGUGUGUUUGAUCGAUUCCCUGGCCUGCGCAUCUUGCUGGCGCAUUCCGGCGGAACCCUGCCGUUCCUUGCCGGUCGGAUCGAGAGCUGCAUUCACCAUGAGCGCAAGUUUGUCGCGAAUGGCGGGGAUCAACCCGGUCUGCAGAAGAGUGUCUGGGAUGUCUUGCAGACGAAUAUCUACCUAGAUGCUGUGGUAUAUGGCACCGCGGGUCUGAAAGCAGCCGUUACCGCCGCUGGUAGCCCGGAUCGUCUCAUGUUCGGCACUGAUCACCCCUUCUUUCCUCCUCUGGAUAACGACCAAGAUGCCGAAUGGGUCAGUGUGACAACCAACUACAAGGCAAUUUCUGCUGCGUUUGCCACCGACAAAGAAGCAGUGGAGGGUAUUCUGGGCGGAAAUGCCGCACGUAUUCUGAGUCUCAAAUGA